CAAGGUGGAGUAGACUGCAUACUUAACUUCCAUUCCUAUGCAAAUGUCGCUUGGAGCCAAGCUUCACAAGACCUUUCAUUGGAAAAGACAGCAGGUCAACAGGGUUUGAAAUUUCAUAUUUUACAAAAGUCAGGUAAGACUUACAAGACGACUAAACCGAAGAAAAGAUCUAUCCUGGUAACGUUUGCUAUAAAAUGAUGUCUUAACAAGCCAUAUGUUCUGAGGCUAUACCGACAAUGUACGUAAGUUACUUUGAGGAUCAAGAAAACAACAUGUAUACGGGAUCUAGGAAGUACCCUAACAGCAGUCUGCCAAUGCAGGAUUUCCCACCCGGCGCAGCCUACUCGGACUACAUGGGAUACCACGGCGCACAGACUAUGGAUAAUCCGGGGCAUUGUUCAGGGGUUUGGGGAGCGCCUUAUGGGUAUCCAAGAGAAGAAAUGAAUGGUUAUGGCCCUGGACCCUCUACCACAUGUUCACCAGCAGUAUCUGGAAUCUGUAAUGGGCAGAUGAUGUAUGAAUCUCCGGACUAUAGUACCAUGCGGCACCCCGGACAAGGUGCCAUGCCUCAUGAUUCAAUAAAUAUAGUUCAAACACCUUCUAACAAUCAAAGACACCAGUCCUAUGACUGGAUGAAGAAAACGGCUCUCACAAACCCGACGGGUAAGACCAGGACGAAGGAGAAAUACAGGGUGGUAUACACUGACCAUCAGAGACUCGAGCUAGAGAAAGAAUUCCUCUCCAACAGAUAUAUCACUAUACGAAGAAAGUCUGAAAUUGCACUAAGUCUGGGACUUUCAGACAGACAGGUUAAAAUAUGGUUCCAGAACCGACGAGCCAAGGAAAGGAAACUGAUCAAGAAAAUAGGACAGUUUGAUGGAAGCAUGGGUUCUGUGCAAAGUGACUCUGGAUCAGUAAGCCCAGCGGAUAUGUCUGUGGGCUUAUAUUCUCAAGCACAUGCGAUAAACGCGAUCCAGCCAAUGGGUAACAUGUCGCAAGUGGCUGUGUCUCAGUGAACUCCAAGACAAGUAACUUGGGAAUCUGCUUUAAACUGAAGACAGUGCUAGAAAUGAAACUGUGACUGGAGAGGAUACUUAGCAUGUGUUUAUAAAACAGCCUAAUCCAUGGAAUAUGGAAGGACUUUUCUGAUGAUUCACUGGUGAGCUCAUAUGGAAACAUAAGGUGUAACAAGCAGCGGGAACAAUAAAGUGGACCCCGGGGAGCUGACGGGCACCUACUUAUCAGAGUGGAUUCCUUUCCGCUGGCCCACAAUGAAUGUGUUCAUAUGUCUUCCAGGCAUUUACAUGUACGUGAUCCAAAAGCGAAGCUACAAAGGACUAUGUUUGUAUACAGAUUUUUUUUUGCAAUGACAAUGUGUGAAUGCAACAAAAA